AUGGAACGGCCUCCAUCACCAGCUCGCCUGGCAUACACUUCUGACAAGCACCCCAGACACACUCUGGAGGCCAUUAAUGUUCUCCGCAAGCUCCGAGAACUGUGUGAUGUGGUGCUUAUAGUUGGGCAGCGAAAGAUCUUUGCUCACCGUGUUAUCUUGUCAGCAUGUAGCCCUUAUUUCCAUGCAAUGUUCACGGGAGAAUUGGCUGAGAGCCGGCAGACAGAAGUGACAAUCAGGGACAUUGAUGAAAAUGCCAUGGAGCUUCUCAUAGACUUUUGUUACACAGCAAACAUUACAGUUGAAGAAAGCAAUGUGCAGACGCUGCUUCCUGCUGCCUGUCUGCUGCAACUGGCUGAAAUUCAGGAGGUGUGCUGUGAGUUUUUGAAACGCCAGUUGGACCCUUCCAAUUGUCUUGGAAUUCGUGCCUUUGCUGACACCCAUGCUUGUCGGGACCUUCUGAGAAUUGCUGACAAAUUUACCCAACACAAUUUUCAAGAGGUUAUGGAGAGUGAAGAGUUUUUGUUACUUCCCGUAAAUCAACUAGUCGACAUCAUCUCAAGUGAUGAACUCAACGUACGCAGUGAAGAACAGGUGUAUAAUGCUGUCAUGGCAUGGGUACGCUACAACAUUCAGGAGAGACGGCAACACCUUCCAACUGUUUUACAGCAUGUACGUCUACCACUUAUGAGUCCAAAAUUUUUGGUAGGAACUGUUGGCUCUGAUCUCCUUAUCAAAAGUGAUGAGUCAUGUCGGGAUUUGUUGGAUGAAGCCAAAAAUUAUCUGCUUUUACCUCAGGAGCGUCCACUCAUGCAAGGCCCUCGCACACGGCCACGCAAGCCUAUUCGCUGUGGGGAAGUAUUAUUUGCUGUUGGUGGUUGGUGCAGUGGUGAUGCAAUCUCUAGUGUUGAGCGAUACGACCCCCAAACGAGUGAAUGGCGAAUGGUUGCUCCAAUGAGCAAAAGACGUUGUGGAGUUGGCGUUGCAGUUUUAAAUGACCUGCUCUAUGCAGUUGGUGGACAUGAUGGCCAGUCUUAUUUAAACAGCAUCGAAAGAUAUGAUCCUCAGACAAAUCAAUGGAGCAGUGAUGUUGCUCCAACCAGUUCCUGUCGGACAAGUGUUGGUGUAGCAGUUCUGGAUGGACACAUGUAUGCAGUUGGUGGUCAAGAUGGAGUUUCUUGCUUGAAUUUUGUUGAAAGAUAUGAUCCUCAAAUCAAUAAAUGGACCAAAGUAGCCUCAAUGAGUACAAGACGAUUAGGUGUGGGUGUUGCAGUACUUGGUGGUUAUCUCUAUGCAGUCGGGGGAAGUGAUGGCACAUCUCCUUUGAAUACAGUUGAACGCUAUGAUCCCCGGACAAAUCGUUGGAACCCAGUGUCACCAAUGGGAACUCGUCGGAAGCAUUUAGGGGUGGCAGUCUACAAUAAUAUGAUAUAUGCUGUUGGUGGUAGAGAUGACACAACUGAAUUGAGUAGUGCUGAGCGUUAUAAUCCUCAGACCAACACAUGGCAACCUGUUGUGGCCAUGACCUCAAGACGUAGUGGGGUUGGUUUAGCUGUGGUGAAUGGUCAGUUAAUGGCAAUUGGUGGUUUUGAUGGUACCACAUACCUUAAAACAAUUGAACUCUAUGACCCCGAGCAGAACUGUUGGCGGCUAUGUGGUAGCAUGAACUAUCGGCGCCUAGGUGGUGGUGUCGGGGUGUUAGCUUUCUUUUACCAUAGUCUUUUUUUUCUCUCUCUCUCUCUCAAUCAGAUUGAGUUUUUUUUUUUCCAGUCCCUUUCUUUCCUUCUCUUUCACACUCUCUCUGCCAUUGCUAUCUUUGAAUAUUCAUGA